AUGCGCGUCUCUACCUUGGCUGGAAUAUCUCUGUUGUCAGGGUAUGCUGUCGCCAGUGUCCCAACCAUUGAAACCAAAGCAAAGGACUACAACGGCGGAGGAGCCGGGGGCACAGGCCAAACAAGUGACACCAGCUACACAGACCCUCUCUCCAAUGUCUCCAAUUGCGAGCGCGACAUCCCCUAUCUAACAGAGCUGCGGACAAAUGUCAUCCGGACGUACACCGUCGAUCUAUCAGCGAACCACGAUGCAUGUAUGCGGAAGCUAGCCGAUGCAGGCAUCUAUGUCAUAACCGAUCUGUCGUCCCCCGCUGUUUCGAUCGAAGCCAACUCGCCGGACUGGACGGUCGCGCAGUACGAGCGGUAUACUGCUAUAGUCGACGCGUUCCAGAAGUAUGAUAAUGUCAUUGGUUUCUUCGUUGGCAAUGAGGUUGCCAAUCAGGUGAACCAGACCAAUACUGCUGUGUUUGUAAGGGCUGCGGCGAGGGAUAUGAAAUCGUAUAUCAAGCAGAAAGGGUACAGAGAGUUUUUGGGUAUUGGGUAUGCAACCACUGACCAGGAAGAUAUUCACAUGCCGCUGUCCGAUUAUCUGAACUGCGGGGACCAGUCAACCGCACUUGAUUUUUUCGGCUUCAACAUCUACGAGUGGUGCGGCGACCAGACGUACCAAACAUCUGGCUAUGAGGACCGCACCGACGAGUACCACAACUACUCCAUCCCAGUCUUCUUCUCCGAGUACGGCUGCAACACCGUGAAGCCCCGCAAAUUCAGCGACGUCCCCGUGCUAUUCGACCCUCAGAUGAAUGACGUUUGGAGCGGCGGCAUCGUCUACAUGUACUUCGAAACCGAUAACGACUACGGCCUCGUCUCCGUUGACAGCAACUCUGUCACCCCCGAGGUUGACUUCAGCUACUACUCCAAGGAGAUCCAGAGUGCCACUCCCAUUGGAGUCAACAGCGUCAGCUACACCCCAACCAGCACCCCGCGCGCAUGUCCCACCGUUGACGACACCUGGCUCGCACAGGCAAGCCCCUUGCCCCCUACCCCCAACUCAAAGCUUUGCUCCUUCUGCGGAUACGGCGUGCACAUCUGUGACGGCAUUUCUCACAACGCAACCACGGGAGAGUAUGGCGCCUACAGCAUCUGCGCCAGCAAGGACCAGCUAUCUCAGGCGUUCAAGCGCUACUACGAGGGCCAGAAGAAGAGAAAGUCGGCGUGCGAUUUCAACGGAGCAGCGAGAUUUCAAUCGCCUAAAGGCCAGUCGGGUGACUGUAAGUCGCUUAUCAGUCAGGCUGGUGGAUUGGUUGGGACUGGCACGGUCACUUCUAGCCCUACUGGAGGUGGUACUGCUGCCGCGUCCUCCACGUCUGAGGGUGCUGCUGCUGGCGGAAUUAGGGCUGUUGCGGUCCGUGGGAAUAGAUGGUUUGGUGUGGUGUCUCUCGUUGUGGCUGUUGUGGUUGGCUCCUUAAUGGUGGUGUUUUAG